AUGAGGUUAACGCCGAUCGCGAUCGCCGUUCUGUUCGCGAAUUUCGCCUCUGCAGCCACGCGAAAUUCUGCCCCUUUUCGUGCUCCGGGGCCGCCGCUGGCCUAUCCGCCAGCUGACCCCGAUGACCGCGGAAUUCCAACGAAAGCAGUGCUCCUUGAUAGAUACGUUGAGCAAAAGCUGGACCACACGAAUCCCAACGAUGCCAGGACGUGGUUUCAGCGUUAUCUAAUCGCUGACGAAUUUUACACGCCUGGCGGUCCAGUGUUUGUGUUUCUCAGCGGCCCGUGGAAAAUCGACGGCGAAAUUGCUGUGAACGGAUCGAUUGGCCUGUUGGGCCGCGAUUUGGGAGCGGUCCUCAUCGAUUUAGAGCACAGAUUCUACGGAAAAAGCAAACCAACCGAGUCGUUGACAAUCGAAGAUCUGGCCUUUCUCACCAUCGAACAAGCAAUUUCGGACAUCGUGAAUUUUGCCACGUUUUUGAAACAGAAUGAUGAGAUGUUUUCUGGGCCGUGGAUUCUGUACGGAUCAGGCUACUCUGCCAGCUUGGCCGCGUGGACGCGCGCCCAGCAUCCAGAUAUUUUUGCUGGAGCUUAUGCUUCUUGCCCGCGAUUGCACGUGACACCGUAUUUUGAAGACUACUACAGAGUAGUGUACUCUGCCCUGGAAGAGGCCUCUCCUGGCUGUGGAAAUUUAGUCUGGCAAGGGUUCGAAGAAAUGUCUUUGAUAGUCGCCAGUGGAGACAGUGAAACGCUUGCCCAGCAUUUCACUUUUUGCGAUGGAAAAAUCGACACUCGAGACCCUUAUGACGUGCAGAAUUUGUAUAACAUCGCGACUGAGCACUUUGGCCAAGAGGUGGAGACAGCAAGGGUUGGAAAUUUGACCGACAACGUUUGCUAUUGGAUGGAAUUUGAGUCCCUCGGCACGCCAUUUGAAAUGCUUGCCUUUUUGGUAAAUGAAUUUGGCACGUGCUACAUCAGCGAUUAUCAAGAGGUUCUCGAGUAUGCCGUCAACAGCACAUUUUGGCAGGAAGACUAUUACGGAAAACAGUGGAUGUAUCAACAAUGCUCAGAACUCGGCCAGUUUCUAACGACGGGAUCCACUCUGGGACCAACUUAUGUUUCUAUUGAUUACUUCUUACUCUACUGCAAGACGGUCUUCGGUUCGCAAUACAAUUUGCUCCAUUUGGAGCAGAGUGCUGCCCGUCUGAAUGAACUGUACGGCGGUCUGACUCCGAAGGGGACGAAAAUCGUGUACACUGUGGCUUCGUUAGAUCCAUGGCACACACUAGGCAGCCACUCUGCAUCACCGGAGAGCCCGUUGAUCAUGAUCCAAGGGGCUUCGCACAGUUUGGAUUUGAGCGGUCCAGGUCAAAACGACACGUUCUUCGUGCAAGACGCGCGGCGGCAAGUGGCCGAAUUGAUUCAAUCCUGGCUGUGAGAGAUCAAUAAAGAAGCAACGACUCCUAGGAAAAAUCGAAAGUGGAUGAAAUUUAACCCACAUUUCACAGCGUCAGGUCGAAUUAAAACGGAUUAGACACGCGUACCGUUCGGACAGGAGGGUUUCGCGCUCUCUGCAUACCAAGCGUCGUGUGUUUGCAUAUAUUCACCGGCAACAGGAGCAGUUAUAAAUUUCAAGGAGUCAGCCGAAACCCAUUUGCAUUUGGUAAUAACACGUAAGCCACGGCGUUUUUCUCUCUCGACCAGCGAUCAAAUGCAAUUAUUUAAAUCGGGGCUGAGAGGAGAGCACCUGUGCUCCGACCAGCACAGAUUAUAAAAAUAAACGCCGUAAAAGACGGACGGACGAAGCACCAGUGAAAUCUGCACAUGUAAUCGCAGCGUGGCCGGCGAAAAAUGUGGCAAUCAUUUACUCAUCUCUUCGGCAGCUUUUUUACUCUUACCCCAGCCUGAGAAACCGA